AGUAUCCCAGACCUGGUUUGUCCGGUCAUAGUCUACUUAAGUGCAGUAGGAGAAGAGUAGGGGUUGCAAGAGAGCCCCGCCAAGAGAAAGGGCGUGCGCUUUUGGUGACAGGGCGUCCGGACCUGGUUUCUUCUUUAUCCCAUCCCUGGGAGCGCUUCGUGUGAGGUUCCAUCACGAAGAGGCGAGCGGCGCCGGCUGCCAGGCACGCACUGUUUGGAAGAGGCAAAGAGAAUUGGUCAUCUUUACCGGUUUCAGAAGAAGCAGGAGGCAAUCAAAGACUUCAGGAAGAAAUCCGUGAGAGGCCACAGAACAUUAAGAAUGUACAGAAGAAUGCUGAAUGCAGAAGUCUGGAGCUUGUACUAGGCUGUAUUUCCUUGAAGACUGCAGCUUUAUUUCUUGGCCACCCCUAAUACACACAAAAAGGAACCCCACUGUAUCCUGUGAGCCUCUGCCUCCCCUGAACAACCCCAAAUGGCUGCUUUUGGACACACAUUCCCCUUCUAUGCUGGGCCCAAGCCGACCUUCCCAACGGACACCACAUUGGCCGUCAUCGUCGCCAUCUUUCUGACUUCACUGGCCACCUUCAUCAUCAUCCUGCCAGGCAUUCGGGGCAAGAUGAGGCUGUUCUGGAUGCUGCGGGUAGUGACCAGCUUAUUCAUUGGAGCUGUGAUCCUCGCUGUGAAUUUCAGUUCUGAGUGGUCUGUGGGCCAGGUGAGCACCAACACGUCCUACAAGGCCUUCAGUUCCCAGUGGAUCAGCGCCAACGUUGGACUGCAGAUUGGGCUGGGAGGCGUCAACAUCACGCUCACAGGGACCCCAGUACAGCAGCUGAAUGAGACCAUUGAUUACAACGAGGAGUUCACCUGGCACCUGGGGGAGAACUACGCGGAGGAGUACGCCAACGCACUGGAGAAGGGGCUGCCAGACCCCGUGCUCUACCUGGCCGAGAAGUUCACCCCACACAGCCCCUGUGGCCUGCAUGGCCAGUACCGCCUAGCGGGACACUACACCUCGGCUAUGCUGUGGUCCUGGCUCUCCAGGGUGGCAUUCCUCUGCUGGCUGCUGGCCAACGUGAUGCUGUCCAUGCCUGCGCUGGUCUACGGUGGCCACAUGUUGCUGGCCACAGGUCUCUUCCAGCUGUUGGGACUGCUCUUCUUCUCCACGGCCACAUCCCUCACCCCGCCCUGUCCCUUGCGCCUGGGUGCCGCCACGCUGCACACUCACCGUGGGCCUGCCUAUUGGAUCACGUUGACCACAGGACUGCUGUGUGUGCUGCUGGGUCUGGCCAUGGUGGUGGCUCACAGGAUGCAGCCCCACAGGCUGAAGGCUUUCUUCAGCCAGAGUGUGGGGGAGGACCCUGUGCUGGAGUUGAAUCCCGAGGAAGGGGGACUUCUGAACCCUCGCUACCGGUCCACCACUGAGAGUCCCGAGCCGCAGGACAUCCCUCUGUCAGAGGCUUCCUCCGAGGCCCCCUGCGAGGAGCCUGACUGUGCCCUGUAACCGCUCCUUUCCCUGGUGGCACCUGGACUUCCAAAAUGGCUCCAGACUUUUCUGGAACCCACCCCCUCAAACCACCAGAACUGCCAACAGGCUGGGUUGUAUCAGUUUCCAGCACCAGUCUGAAAGUGGAAUAGGGAAAGAGGCUCCAUCUAUUGGUGUUAAAAGUGGAACAAAACAAAAAGCUCUAAGGCAGACAUCAAGGCUGCUCAUAAACCAGACCAAGCAGAGACUACCUGUUUCUGCCUAGCAACCCUGCUCUCCCCUGGUGCUUUGCCUCAAGGUGGCAUUUACUGAGACCCAGCUUCGCCCACAUAAUGACAUAUGUGUGUGCGGGGUUACAAUGUGAUUCUCCUAUGGUCCCUCUCAUUCUUCUGCAUGUCUUUGAUUUCCUUUUUCCUGGGUCCCUUUUGUUUUUCUUUUACUGCCCCAGCUGGUGUGUUUUCAUUAAUACAAUGAAAGUACUGCAAGGGAGAAGAGACCAAACUUCUUGUCUUAGAUCUAAUAUUAACUUAGUGUGCCACAUUCUCUCUGAGCCUCUGUUCUAAACUUGCCAAAUAAGAUUGUAGGAUUUGCCAAGGACCUUAAAAAAUUCCCAGGGUUUACAUAUUUAUGCCUUGCUGACAUAGCUUGGCCCUCAGACACCACUCCUUUGAUGAAUAAACUAAAGUAGUGAAUAAA